AUGGAAAGCAUAUCAAGUGGAGUCAAUUUCCUGAGACGUCGCUUUAGCUCGCAAGACAUCGAAGAUGAUGACAGAACCGUACCAACAACUGUCGGUGGACAUGGACACCAGCAACAUUCCUCCAGUAGUUCAACGCAGGUCCAGAAUGGCCCUCCUCCGAGCACUUUUUCACUGGCCGGACUGGCUAACAAGGUUUCAAGUGCUAUAAGUGCACCAACGUCACCUUCAAAGCAGCCGAUGUCAAUGUACUCGCAAGUUCAGGGAAUAACAAAAAAUUUGAUGCAAGCAGCCACUAAUGCUACGUCGCAUAUCCAAGGACCACAUAAGUGCAUCCUGGUCAUUGACGAUCAACACAUCGAUUGGUGA